GAAGACGGCGAGAAGAGCAGCACUCCGGAUAACUGCGUCAGUAGUGUUGAAGAUAAAGUUUUACACACAUUCACGUGGAAAAUUAUAUUGUUUUAAUUAUCCUUUUGGUUCGUUGUUUAUAAUGUGUUGUAUCCUUGACUAGCUCGGAGUGUCUGUUUGGACCGGGGAAUGGCGUUAUUCCACGAAGGCACAUUGGCUAACAGUGGCAUGGAAACCUCCAACUUCGCCCACGUUAUCUUCCAGAACAUGGGGAAGAGUUAUCUUCCCCAUGCGGCGCUGGAGUGCAGCUACACUCUCAGCCAAUACAUCAAGCCACAUCCCAAGGACUGGGUCGGCAUAUUUAAGGUCGGCUGGAGCUCUGCGCGAGACUACCACACGUUCCUGUGGUCGCCGCUGCCGGAGAACCACGUGGAGGGAACGACGGUCUCCAGAAGCUUGGUGUUUCAAGGAUACUACGUUCCCGGAGAUGACGGCGAGUUUUACCAGUUCUGCUACGUCACUCACAAGGGGGAGAUCCGCGGGGCCAGCACGCCGUUCCAGUUCCGUGUCAGCUCCCCUACGGACGACCUGCUCACCAUGGAGGACGACAAUUCCGACAUUCUUGUGGUCACGACCAAGGCCGGCUUUUUAGAGAAAAAGCUGGAGGACCUUCAGAAGGAGAAUGAGGAGUUGAGCAAGGAGGCGGCUGACAAGCAGAAAGAGAAGGAGCAGAUCCUGGAGGAGCGGAAGGAGCUGGAGAGGGCGUGCGAGAGGGAGAAGGUGGCAUGCUGCCAGCUGAAGACCGAGAACCAGGAGCUCCUGGGCACGAUGCGCACCCUGCAGGAGGAGCGGGAGGAGGCCAAGAGGAGGCACGCAGAGGAAGCCUCCAGAGUGGCCCAGCUGGAGCAGGACCUGAUCGGAGUCACACAGAAGGGGCUUCAGAAGGAGACGGAGCUGGACUGCCUCAGGGACAGGGUGAAGAAGCUAACCCAGGAGAAGGAUGCCCUGGAGACACAGCUGCAGAACGAGCGGGACGAGAAGGGCCUCUAUAAGGUUCACCUGAAGAACCGGGAGCUGGAGAACACCAAGCUGAUGGCUGAGCUCCAGGUGCUGAAGUCGGUGGAUGUGAACAAGGAGAACACCAUCGUCCAGCUGAAGGAGGAGGUCGGCCAGCUGGAGGCCUGCGUGGCAGAGAAGGAGAAGCUGCAGCGGGAAAUCCUGGCCCAGGCCUCAGCCACGAGAGAGACUGACACGCUGAAGGAAAAGCUGCGCCAGGCUGAGGAGCAGCUGCAGUCGACGCGCCAGCAGGCUGCCAUGCUGGCGUCAGAGCUAAGGGACGCAUCGAGCGCCCGUGACCGCAGUGCCUCGGAACUGUACCGUGUACGGCAGGAGCUGGAGGAGCUGCGUACAGGCCAGGGGGAGGCCUGUGCAGAGUGCGGCCGCCUGGCAGAUGAGCUGGACAGGGCGAGGGGCGCGACUCGACACAGAGCGGGGAGCUGUGAGGAGAUGGGGCCCAGUGUUACCAUGGCUACAGAGGCAGAGCUUCAGCGGGAGGUGGAAGACCUGAAGCUGAGGUUACAGAUGGCUGGAGAACACUACAAGGAGAAGUAUAAGGAGUGCCAGAAGCUGCAGAGACAAGUGGCCAAACUCUCCGAGCAGCAGGAGGAGAUGAAGAAAAGUCCGGGGGCCUCUGGAGCUUUGGUGUCGGACGUGACGGCCAGCCCUCCGCCCAAAAGCCUCGAGCCGUCAACCUUAGGAGCUGCGACCUCAGUGGACGUCUUGCUCGACACACUGAUUCAGGAAAAGCUCAAAGACAUAAGCAAGGAAGUGGUAGAGAAAAGUGACAAGUACAAGAGAUGCAAGCAGAUGCUGAGCGAGGAGAAGGAACGGAGCAGUGUGUUUGCAGACGAGCUGACCAAGAUGGAGGCGAAGUGGAAGGAGCAGCUGAAGAUCAACGAGAACCUGAAGCUGCAGGUGGCCGCAGAAGAGGAUCGCUAUAAGAGUCAAGUGGCCGAAAAGGGUCGUGAGGUGAAGGAGCUGAGGGAGAGCCUUGCUGUGCUCACAAAGGAGAAGGAGAAGCUGGAGGAGGAGCUGCAAAAGGCACAGAGGGAGGUGGUCCAGCAAACGAAGAGCGAGAGCUUAGAGAGGACUCCGCCCGUGUUACUGCACUACCCGCUGCCGUACCCCGAGGACCCCCCACUCACCCCCCUUGUGCCCGGGCUUCCCGCGGACCUGCAGUUCGGGAACCCCUACAGCUCCCCACAUAUUCAAGAUGGCUCUGAUGCCGAACUGUCCCUGGAGCAGAUCCCCAGGCUACCCCCUGCUGGACCCCCUUCCUGGGACAGCGAUGUCGUCUGCAUCCAGCCGUCACGCAACCCGAGCCGGCCCGAUGGCCUGGAGGACCCUGACGAGCAGAACAAUCAGGAAGGUGGAGACGAAGUGCAGAGCAGCCCCCUUGUGGAGGAUACCCAAACCCCCUUCCGCUUUGACUCCAGCUCGGAGGUCCAGAAGCGCUGCCCGCUGUGCGAGGUCAUCUUCCCCCCCAACUACGAGCAGAGCAAGUUCGAAGAGCACGUGGAGAGCCACUGGAAGGUCUGCCCCAUGUGCGGCACGCAGUUCCCACUGGACUGCGACCAGGGUGCCUUCGAGGAGCACGUGCUCACGCACUUCUCCGGCGAAGCGCUCAACUUCGACUAGGCCCCCCCCGGAGGCAGAGGAGCGGGGGGUGUGACCGCGUCUGCGUCGCUGCCCGUGUGGCUAAGCAUACACCUUUAUGACCUAAUUGCAUGCACUGAAAACGAGAAGAUUUAGCUUAAUGACACCAGUAGUUCUGCUUCUCUUUGUGUCAGUGAGUGCAGGUUAGGUUAGUAACCCUCAUUUUAUUGCGUGAGUUGGGUCUUAAUCACAUGAAUAUUUUGAACUGAAGAGUAUCAGCCGUGUGGGGGUGUCGUGUUGCCGUCGUGGAGUUGGUAAGAUAGUGACUCCUGUGAGUGUGCGAUCUUUAGUUCAGAUGUUUUUGUUUUCCUCACCGUCGGCUUGGUGUUAUCUUACCGGUUUGAGUGCGUUUGGUCUCUUCUACCAUCACACAGGUUUUCUUUUAGCUCCGAUUUUUACGCUUGUAUGUGAUACAAAAAGCCGCCGUCUGUGAAACUAAUCCUAUCAUAAAGCCUUUGGAUCUUCUGUUUAAUUCCCACUGUUGGUUCAUGGUAAAACUAAACAGAAUAAUAAAAUUUUAUAUGAAAAAAAGCUCA